AUGAGUUGGUCAGGAUUCAAAAAAUCCGUUAAUCGGGCUGGAACCACGUUAAUGCAAAAGACGGGACAAGUUGAACGAACCAAUGAUCGAGAAUUCCAAGAACAUGAAGCAAAGUUCAAAACAAUGGAAAAGAAUGCUAUCGCACUUCAAAAGGAAGCUAAAGCAUACUUGGACUCCAUGCGAGCCAUGACUAGCGCUCAAACUAGAGUAGGAGAAACGAUUGACAAUUUUUAUGGAGAUUCAUCUGAUACAUCUAUUGCUGCCAACUCAUACAAACGAGCGGUGGAUGAACUGGAUCAAAUUGCGAUUAAAGAACUGGAUACGCCUUAUCGGUCAACGGUCCUUGAACCUAUCGGUCGAUUCUGUGCUUAUUUCCCUGAGAUCAAUAACACAUUACAGAAACGACACAAAAAGUUACUCGAUUAUGAUGCAGCUCGUACAAAAGUAAGAAAACUAGCCGAAAAACCAUCAGAAGAUCCAAAUAAAUUGAUUCGAGCCGAAAAAGAAUGUGAAGAUUCAAAACAUGUGUUUGAAUUAUAUAACGAAGCAUUAAAUCGAGAAUUACCAGAGUUUGUAGAUUUAAGAAUCCCAUAUUUAGAUCCAUGUUUUGAAUCGAUGGUCAGAUUACAACUUAGAUUUCAUGAAUCAGGUUAUGAGAUGUUAGGUGGAGUUCAACGUUAUUUUAAUGAAUCGGUUAGAGAUGAUUAUGCUAAUGGACAAUUAGAUAGUCAAGUUGAAACUGCUUUACAAGAGAUGAGAGAAUUAUCAAUUUGUGGAAUGGUUUAAACUUAAGCAUCAUCAUUUUUAUCAUUUGAUUGGUUUUAUUUUUUUAUAAAAUUAUGUAUGAGAAUUGGAUUAAGAAGUUGUGUGGAUUGUGUUGAUGUAUGUAUUCUUGUUGUUUAUUGAAAAUGUUGAUUUGGAUUUAUUGGUUGAGUC